UUUUUUUUUUUUUUAACUAAUAGAACAUGUGACUGCAGGCCAGAGCAAUCGUCUAUGAUGCCUGCGAAAAGUCCAAAGUAAUCCAGUUAUGAUUUUCAGUGAUUCAGUAAGUGUUCUUGGAUUCGUUUCACAUCGUUUAAAGUGUUUUCUUUCCAAAUAAAUAGUCAAAAUAAUAUGUUACGACAUUUUUAAGCGAAGCUAACUAUUGGGGACAACAUACAAUGUUUAUGAGGUUAUAGAUGUGUAUCCAUUUCAAGCCACUAGAUGUCCCUAUUGAUAUUGUCCCGUGUCCUUCAGGUGUGUAUCCAUUGCGUAUGAAGGUAUAUGAUGAAACUGAGGUUACAGACCCAGAACUGCAUUCAGAUCAGUAGCUUUUGGUUGACAACAUAUUAUUAUAGAUUUAAACCAGUUUAAAACAUGUUUAGCUGGUUUCCAGGUUAUAGAUUAAGUCUAGUCCUGGACUAAGUGGAUCUUUCAAUAGGGAAUCUCCAUUGAAUCUCCAUGGUUUUUAGUCCAUGACCAGGCGUAUUAAACUGUGCCCUAUUAUUAAACUGACCCUGAAUGUCAUAAUUUGCAAUAUUUUUCUAUUAAUGUAGUCACAGGUCAAACGGUAACUUUUCACAAGUCCUUUAUUCACAUUCAUUCAAAUGAUACAGAAAGAGGCACAAUAUGAUCAGCGAUAUGAUGUGACACAAUGCACUUUUCUGUUAUCUUUUUCAACUAAAAUGCAGUCAAUAAAAUUAGACACAUUUUUAUUUAGCCUACAUUCGUUUGUUGUAACUUUAUAACCCAUGUAUAUGGCUUAAACCACUCUAUAAGUACAUUUGAAGUCGGAAGUUUACAUACACGUAGGUUGGAGUCAUUAAAAGUUGUUUUUCAACCACUCCACAAAUUUAUCGUUAACAAACUAUAGUUUUGGCAAGUCGGUUAGGACAUCUACUCUGUGCAUGACACAAGUAAUUGUUCCAACAAUUGUUUACAGACAGAUUAUUUCACUUAUAAUUCACUGUAUCAUAGUUACAGUGGGUCAGAAGUUUAAAAACACUAAGUUGACUGUGCCUUUAAACAGGAUGGAAAAUUCCAGAAAAUGACAGGCUAAUUGACAUCCUUUGAGUCAAUUGGAGGUGUACCUGUGGAUGUAUUUCAAGGCCUCACUUCAAACUCAGUGCCUCUUAAUCUGUACAAACAAUAGUACGCAAGUAUAACCACCAUGGGACGACGCAGCUGUCAUACCAUACAGGAAGGAGACACGUUCUGUCUCCUAGAGAUGAACAUACUUUGGUGCGAAAACUGCAAAACAAUCCCAGAACAACAAAGGACCUUGUGAAGAUGCUGGAGGAAACAGGUACAAAAUUAUCUAUAUCCACAGUAAAACAAGUCCUAUUUUGACAUAACCUGAAAGGCCGCUCAGCAAGGAAGAAGCCACUGCUCCAAAACCCCAAUAUGGGUCUUCCAAAUGGACAAUGACCCCAAGCAUACUUCCAAAGUUGUGGCAAAAUGGCUUAAGGACAACAAAGUCAAGGUAUUGGAGUGGCCAUCACAAAGCCCUGACCUCAAUCCUAUAGAAAAUGUGUGGGCAGAACUGAAAAAGCAUGUGUGAGCAAGGAGACCGAAAACCUGACCCAGUUACACCAGCUCUGUUUGGCCCAUUCCUCCAUGUAGAUCUCCAUGUAGAUCUCCUCUAGAGCAGUGAUGUUUUGGGGCUGUUGCUGGGCAACAUGGACUUUCAACUCCCUCCAAAGAUUUUCUAUGGGGUUGAGAUCUGGAGACUGGCUAGGCCACUCCAGGACCUUGAAAUGCUUCUUACGAAGCACCAUAAUUUGCAAAUAAAUUCAUAAAAAAUCCUACAAUGUGAUUUUCUGGAUUUUUUUUCUCAUUUUAUCUGUCAUAGUUGAAGUGUACCGGUGAUGAAAAUUACAGGCCUCUCUCAUCUUUUUAAGUGGGAGAACUUGCACAAUUGGUGGCUGACUAAAUACUUUUUUGCCCCACUGUAUUUGGCUACGGUGUAUGUAAACUUCCGACUUCAACUGUACAAACCAUUAUAAUUAGGUGUAUAGCAUGUAAACAUGUUGUGAUAAUUACAUUGAGCAAAAAUACUAAUGCAACAUUGACCAGCAUCCCAAACAUGCUCAAUGGGUGACAUGUCUGGUGAGUAUACAGGCCAUGGAAGAACUAGGACAUUUUCAGCCUCCAGGAAUUGUGUACAGAUCCUUGCGACAUGGGGCUGUGCAUUAUCAUGCUGAAACAUGUUGUGAUGGGGGCGGAUGAACGGCACAACAAUGGGCCUCAGGGUCUUGUCACGGUAUUUCUAUGCAUUCACAUUGCCAUAGAUAAAAUGUAAUUUUGUUUGUUGUCCGUACCACCCUCACCAUGGGGACCUCUGUUCACAACGUUGACAUCAGCAAACCGCUGGCCCACAUGCCGCCAUCUGCCCGGUACAGUUGAAAUCGGGAUUCACCCGUGAAGAGCACACUUUUACAGCCAGUGGCCAUUGAAGGUGAGCAGUUUCCCACUGAAGUCAGUUACGAUGUCGAACUGCAGUCAGGUCAAGACCCUGGUGAGGACAUCGAGCACGCAGAUGAGCUUCCCUGAGACAAUUCCUAACAGUUUGUGCAGAAAUUAUUCGGUUGUGCAAACCCACAGUUUCAUCAGCUGUCUGGGUGGCUGGUCUCAGAUGAUCCCACAGUUUUGAAGUCAGAUGUGGGGGUGCUGGGCUGGCGUGGUUACAUGUGGUCUGCGGUUGUGAGGCCGGUUGGACGUACUGCCAAAUUCAAUUCUCUGGAAACUGCUCUGGUGGACAUUCCUGCAGUCAGCAUGCCAAUUGCAUGCUCCAUCAAAACAUCUGUGGAGUUGUGUGACAAUACUUCACAUUUUAGAGUGGCCUUUUAUUGUCCCCCAGCACAAGGUGCACCUGUGUUUUUAAAUUUUAUUUUACCUUUAUUUAACUAGGCAAGUCCACAAACAAAUUCUUAUUUUCAAUGAUGGCCUAGGAACAGUGGGUUAACUGCCUGUUCAGGGGCAGAACGACAGAUUUGUACCUUGUCAGCUUGGGGAUUUGAAUUUGCAACCUUUUGGUUACUAGGCCAACGCUCUAACCACUAGGCUAUGCUGUUUAAUCUGGUUCUUGAUAUGCCACACCUGUCCGGUGGAUGGAUUCUUUUGGCAAAGGAGAAAUGGUCACUAACAAUGAUGUAAAGACAUUUGUGAACAAAAUUACAGAGAAAUAAUAUAUGUGUGCAUAUGGAACAUUUCUGGGAUAUUAUGUUUCAGCUCAUAAAUCAGGGGACCAACACUUUACAUGUUGCGUUUAUAUUUUUGUUCAGUGUAGAUUACAGUAGCCUGCCUACCUACUGUCGAGGCGUGGUCGAGCCAGUCUAUAUAAAUCGUGACGCCUUUAGUCUGGCGCUCCUUCUACUCGUCCCGACUCUGCCACGGCUGUGUUUGUGUGCGCCACCGUAAACCGCUACCCGAGACGCGCCCGGCAUCUUGAAUAAGAAACUCCCACGAAGAAAAGGCAUAGGCCUACUAGGAACUUUUUAAGAGUAGCAAUAUCGAGUACGUGGACAAUAUAUAGGAAAACGACAUACAGUGAUUUUUGCAGAAUUACAGUUGGUGGUGAUUUGAAGUUCGAAGACAUGAGGAUUCUACGAGUUGCGCUCCUGCUCGUCCAUGCCUUUGUGGCCUCGAGGUUGGUGAGCGGAGCUGUGGUGGACAGGUAUGAGAGUGAGAGGCCACCGCAGCACACAGAAUUGAUCAACUUGUUGGAUGUCCUGAGCGACAGAAGGAUGGAGGGAGGGAGGGAGAAGAGUCAUCACGGCGUGGAGGGUCCAGUGUUGGAGGAUGAGGAGUACUAUGAUUACUACCAUGAAGAUGAAGAAGAUGCCUCAGGGGAAUAUGAGGUGGAAUUACCUCGAGUUGCAUUGUCGACUAAACCUAAAGACCCAUCGGCCAUCUUGGAAGCUGAGAGGAGUGAGGGGAAGAGGAGGAGAGGAAAGGGGAGGAAGAAGGGAAAGGGAAAGAAGAGGAACCCUUGUCUGAAGAAGUAUAAGGACUUCUGUAUCCAUGGCAGCUGUCAUUACCUGAGGGACAUCAAAGCUCCGUCAUGCAUAUGUCGUCCCAGUUACUCUGGGGAGCGGUGUCACCUGUUCACGCUGGCUUCAGAGGGGAGGGACGUGGGAGGAUACAGCCGGACCACAGCUCUGGCUGUGGUGGCAGUGGUGUUGUCCUCUGUCUGUCUCACCAUCAUAGGCCUGCUGCUGGUGCUCAGGUUUCACAAGCGAGGAGCAUACGACAUAGAGCACGAGGAGAAGGUCAAACUGGGAUCAGCACCCAACCAUUGAAGAGCUGGAGAGAACGGACAGGAUAGGGAAAUUCUACCUCAAAAUAGAAAAGAAGAAGUGAAAAAAAGCCAAGAGAGAACGCAGAGAGACCUGGAAGUUAUGGCAGAGAGGGGGACUGGAUGGCCGUGAUCUGGACACAUAGCCCCAACCCAUCUUACUGAUGAACAGAUGUGAUUGGGUAGCUCGAUUCUGCGGUAAGCCCUGCAACCUAUCAGGAGAGAGCCUGGCUAAAACUGGAACUCUGAUUGGCUGGGAGAAAAGACUGGAGUGGUGAUGACAAUAUGGAAGCUGAGAUGAAGAGAAGGAACAUUUCUGGGCCCGUAUCCACAAAGUGUCUCGAGGAAGGAGAGCUGAUCUUGGAUCAGUUUUGCCUUUAGAUCAUUGUGAAUAACAUUAUAGUGACAGGCCCUAUAUCAGCACACUCCUAUCAGAGAUGCUUUGUGGAAACAUCCCUGGAUCAGUGCUGCUUCUUGGCUAUGUUAAAAAAGACUACCAGGAGUCUCAGCCUAAAAGGACACCAUCUUCUCGUCAUCUGCCAGAAACAGAGAGAACCAUGGUCUUUCUUCAACAGGAGUGUUUUUACCAAUCAGCAUUUUGUAUUUUCCUUCAUAUGCUCAUUCUUUGUCGUUUUCUAGUGUACUGUAAAACUGUUAUUUAUACCAUAUAUUUGUCUUUUAAUUUAUUUAUUGAUGUGAUGUUGCUAUAUUUAUGCAGAUAUUUAACUCCUUUCAACCAAAGAUGCACUUCCAGUUUGUAAAGGUUAUCUAUAAGGUCAUCCUUGUGUUUUUAUAUUUAAAUGUUAAAUAAUAUUUAUUGAUGAAAAUGAAGAUAAAAUGAAUAAAAAAUGUACAGUAUAUUUGGAGAAAUAGACAUUUGAACGUAAGUGUCCUCUUGGUCUCAUAGAUGUACCUGAUUGCUGACUUUGAUAUCAGCACUCUGUGUACAGGCUGCUGAGAACACACACCACUGUGAUUAGUUGGUUGCUUGAUUGAUUGAUUCAAUAAACAACAGUGUGUUGAACUAUACCAAUGUACCACUGACAGGUCUCUCUGUGUGUACCAUUAUGACGUGGUUGCAUUGGUCUUCUGUGUUUGACUCUGUGAAGAAGACAUACAAAACAUCCAGACAUAGAAGUGAAUUGAAUAGAAUUGACUAUUCUAGAAUCCCAAAAUAUAGGAAAUAUUCUAGAAUGUUUCGUCUAGAAUCCAGUUUAAAUAUUUCUGUAUUACAAUCAGGAUGUGGAAUAGAUCCAACGCAAACUCUGGUGCCUUGUUGAGUCCAGUCAUUGUAGCGAGUGUUGGAAAAUAGAAACAUACACAAGUGGUGUAGUUUUUAUUGUCUUUGAGAAAUUAGUAGGACAUAAAUCUCCAAAAAUGUUAUCUCCAAUUUCUGUUAUUUAUUUAUGUUACCAUGCCAGUUGUGUUGUCUUGUUUUAGCGUGGUGGGUGUGGUUAGGGAUAUACUAUAGUUACUAUAAUAUGGAUAUUUACUGUACUGUAAUAUACACUGAGAUCCAUGCAAAGAUCAUGAUGAAAUGUGAAUUCAUUCAAGUGUUCAGCCUUUUUAAAAACGAAUAACCCUCCCCUAGAAAAACAUCCUGGACACAACCUGCAGUUUUGAAGUGAUUUCUAGUAAAAUAAAAAAUGUUUUUCUUCUCAGAAAAUAAAGUAUUUUUUUCUCUGAA